CCCUGACGUCACUUCCUGCUCUUUCUUGUCCUUGGACACCGCAUCGCUACCGUUCCGGAUAAACACAUGGCUAAACUGAGCAAAGAAACCAAACAGCGGCUGCAGCAGCUGUUCCAAUGCGGACAGUUUGUCAUCAGAUGGGGUUUCAUACCAACCGUGUUGUACCUCGGUUUCAAACGGGGAGCAGAUCCAGGAAUGCCUGAGCCCACAGUCUUGAGUUUGCUAUGGGGCUGAAGAACGCCUCCACACAGCCGGCGCCCUCCCUUCAUCGGGACCAUGUGACCCACCUCUCAUUGGAAAUCCGGGACAUUAUUUUCUCACUCUCAGCCAUAACACAUACUGUCCGAUAUCCGGGGAAGCAAUGAGUGCAUGUUGUGUUUGGCUGUGAUGUUUAUGGCCUGAUGCAUCGAGAGUGUCUGCUACAUGGAAAGAAGAUAUUUGGAUCAACAAGCUGUAUUCAUGACUUCAUUUUUGAACAUAAAUGGACUUCAUUAUGCGUUGGUGUUUAGUUGGGAAUGUGUGACAGCGAUGUUUGGAUUUAACAUUCAUUCCUUGUUUUCCUUUUUAUUUGUAAUUUAAGAUUUCUGAGAAUAAAUCCACAAAGAGAUGAA